GUGCUAGAUUACGUUGAAGAUAGAGAUCUUGAGGAGAUUGCCAACUCUUGUAAGGAUCUUCAAGAGCUUAGGGUGUUCCCGUCUGAUCCAUUUGCUCCAGGACCGCACGUAUCCUUGACAGAGCAAGGCCUUGUGGCUAUCUCGGUGGGCUACCCGAAGCUUCAGUCAGUUUUAUACUUCUGCCACCAAAUGACAAAUGACGCCUUGGUUACUACUGCUAGGAACCGUCCUAAUAUGAUCCGAUUUCGUUUGUGUAUUAUCGAGCCUCAAACACCUGAUUACUCAACUCUUGAACCACUUGAUGCUGGUUUUGGGGCCAUCGUGCAACACUGCAAGGAAUUGCAGCGACUUUCUCUUUCUGGACUCCUUACAGAUCGCGUGUUUGAGUACAUCGGGGUCCAUGCUAAGAAGUUAGAGAUGCUUUCCUUAGAUUUUGAAGGGGAUUGCGAUCUAGGCCUCCACUACGUGCUCUCUGGUUAUGAGAGCCUCCGUAAGUUGGAGAUUAGAGACUGCCCCUUUGGCGAUGACGCUCUAUUGGUCAAUGCUGCAAAGCUGGAGACAAUGCGAUCCCUUUGGAUGUCCAACUGUUUAGAAAGUUUUGAAGCAUGUAAGCUGCUAGCACAGAAGUUGCCAGAGCUUGAUGCUGAAGUUAUAGACAAGAGGGGUCAUCUGGAUACGAGGCCAGAAAGUUGCCUCGUUGAGAAACUUUACAUAUACAGGACAAUGUCAGGAAGGAGGUGCGACACUCCUGGUUUUGUUUGGAUAAUUUCUGAAGUUGCAUCU